ACGUUGAUCCUUCUGGGUGAUUCCAACUUCCGGUUUUACUCUGGUCAAGGCCUAUCGGCCUCCUCCGCAGGUAGUUGACAACGGCCGCAGCCAUGGCCGUGUGAUUGGCGACCAGCCAAACGAAUCAACUUUUGAAGCGACGUCAGCUCGGAGUAAUAAAUAAAGAAAGGACGCGUCACCGGAGCGACAAGUUUUCGCAACAGUUAGCUCGUCGGCUAGCUAAACGACGCGGCUAACAGUCUCGCCGAGUUAGCGCCUCCAAAUUAGAACCUGGUGUCCAUUUCAGGAUGUCAGCGGCGGGUUUCAACGCCCAGAACGGGACCGGACAACCGUACGCAAAUGGUCCUUCACAGAAUCCUGUUGGUGUUCAGCAGCUCCCAGGGGUCAACUAUGGCAUGAUGCACCAACCCGCUUACAAUCCCCUGCAACCCAAGGCCCCAGCGCCCCCUGCGUCCCCUGCCCCUGGACUUUAUCCCUCUGGGCCGUACCAACAUAUCCCUCCAGCCAGCGCCUACCAGCCCGGCCCACCUCCCACCUCUUACCCAGCUCCCCUCAGCCAGCCCCAGCUGACGCGACCCCCACCGGGUGGCCCUGUGACCCAUAUCCCUCCUCAGUCUGCCAGCUCCAGCCCGAGUCCCGGCCCAAGGCUACCCCCUGCACAGGGCACACCUCCGCCUCCGGCUGUGUCUUCUAGUGGAUACUACUCAAACCUCCAGCAGCAGCCGCCCCCCGUAGCUCCACAGUGGCAGUACAACUUGGCUCCACCACCCACGGGACCCUCUCCAUCCAUCAACACGCCACCCCAGGGAACGGUGCCCAAUCAUGUGAGCCCACCUGGACCUUACAGCUCCGCCCUGUCACCCUCCAUGUCACAUAGCACCACGCAGCCCUCAUGCACAGGGGCGCCCCCCACCUCUCUGCAGGCAUACAGCCACCCAGCUACGGCUCCUGUGCCCAUGAACGCAGCAGCUUCACAUCAGCAUCACCCAGGCAGAGCACAUUACGGCCCCCCUCCUGCAGGACCGCCCCCCAGCAUGAAGCCCACAGCGCCUGUGACCGGAUUCCCGAUGCCCAAUGCCACGCCGGCACCCCCAAAGGCGGCCGCUCAGUGUGGGGGGGCAGCCUGCAGCUCUCUGCCCCCCACUGAGCCCGAUUGCCAGGAGGCGGAUAUUGAAUGUCCAGGAAUGGUGGGCUGUGUGCCCCCUUCAUCCAAUGGUCCCAGUCAUGUGGACAGCAAGCCUGCCAGGCUGCCCCAGUCUGACCCACCGGGCCGAAACUUGGCCCACUACCCCUCCCUCCUCUCAGGGUACCAGCACCCCUCUGCCCCUCACGGCACCCCUCCGAGCUUGCACCCAGGAAUCACACACGCCUCUCAGCCUUAUACUCAAGCACCUCAGCCAUACCAGCAGCCACCCCCUGGCCCCGCCCACCUGAGCCCAUCCCUGGCCGCCAUGAGUCUCCAGUCCAGCACCCCCGAGACCCUGCGAGUGGUCAACCUGCUCCAGGAGAGGAACCUGCUCCCCCCCGGGCAGGUCGCUGCUCCGACACCCUGCCUGCCCCAAGACCUGCAGAAGAUAAACUGCAACCCCGAGGUUUUUCGCUGCACGUUGACAAGCAUCCCUCAGACCCAAUCUCUGCUCAAUAAAGCCAAGCUGCCCCUGGGCCUGCUGCUCCACCCCUUCAAAGACCUCUCGCAACUUCCCGUGGUGACGUCCAGCACCAUCGUCAGGUGUCGCUCCUGCAGGACCUACAUCAACCCCUUUGUGUCCUUUCCUGACCAGAGGAGGUGGAAAUGCAACCUGUGCUAUCGGGUCAAUGAUGUUCCAGAGGAGUUUAUGUAUAAUCCAGUCAGUCGAUCCUAUGGCGAACCACACAAACGACCGGAAGUGCAAAAUGCCACCAUUGAGUUCAUCGCGCCAUCAGAAUACAUGCUGAGGCCUCCACAGCCGGCCGUGUACCUCUUUGUCCUGGAUGUGUCCCACAGUGCAGUGGAGACGGGCUACCUGAAGGUGUUCUGUCAGUCCGUGCUGGAUAACAUCAGCGCGCUCCCUGGAGACUCACGGACAAAAAUUGGCUUCAUCACUUUCGAUAGCACCAUCCACUUCUACAAUCUACAGGAAGGAUUGUCCCAGCCUCAGAUGCUCAUCGUCUCAGACAUCGACGAUAUCUUUUUACCAACACCCGACAGCCUUUUAGUCAACCUCAACGAGAGCAAAGAGCUGGUGCAGGAUCUUCUGAAGAGCUUGCCAACAUUAUUUGAGAAGACCAUGGAGACUCAGUCGGUGCUGGGCUCGGCCCUGCAGGCCGCCUUCAAGCUGCUGUUGCCCACCGGGGGCCGCAUGUCCGUCUUUCAAACCCAGCUGCCCAACCUCGGAGCGGGGGCGCUCCAGUCCAGGGAGGACCCCAACCAAAGAGCAUCAGCCAAGGACAUCCAGCACUUAUCCCCAGCGACAGACUUCUACAAGAAGCUGGCGCUGGACUGCUCUGGUCAGCAGGUGGCUGUUGACCUGUUCCUGCUCAGCUCUCAGUACUGCGACCUGGCGUCUCUUGGCUGCAUAUCCAGGUACUCUGCAGGCGGCGUCUACUACUUCCCAUCUUACCACCACCAACACAACCCCGCUCAGGUGGAGCGCUUCCAGAAGGACCUGAAGAGAUACUUGACCAGGAAGAUCGGCUUUGAGGCCGUCAUGAGGAUCCGCUGCACCAAAGGUCUGUCCAUUCACACCUUCCACGGAAACUUCUUUGUCCGCUCCACAGACCUGCUCUCGCUGCCCAACGUCAACCCGGAUGCCGGCUUUGCCGUUCAAAUGUCCAUCGAGGAAAACCUGGAGGACAUGCAGGUGGUCUCCUUCCAAGCCGCACUGCUCUACACCUCCAGCAAAGGAGAGAGGAGGAUCCGUGUGCACACUCUGUGUCUCCCUGUGGUCCACUCUCUGUCGGACAUCUUUGCUGGCGCCGACGUCCAAGCCAUCAGCGGUCUGCUGGCGUGCAUGGCUGUGGAUCGCUCGGUGACGGCCAGCCUGAGCGACGCCAGGGACGCCAUGACAAACGCCGCCAUCGACUCGCUGACGUCGUACCGCCAGUCGGUGCUGACCAUCCAGCAGCCGGGCGUGCUCGCCCCAUCCAGUCUUCGACUGUUCCCCCUCUACAUCCUGGCUCUGCUCAAACAGAAAGCCUUCAGGACGGGCACCAGCACCAGGCUGGACGACCGGGUCUUCUCCAUGUGCCAGCUCAAGUACCAGCCUCUGGUCUACGCCAUGCUGAUGUUGCACCCCGCUUUGUACCGCGUCGACGACCUGACUGAUGAGGGAGCUUUGAGCGUCAGUGACCGGACCGUCCCUCAGCCCAGAGUCCUGCAGCUGUCUGGGGAAAAGCUCAGCAUGGAGGGGGCCUUCCUCAUGGACGCAGGAACGGUGAUGUAUCUGUUGGUGAGGCGGAACUGCAACCCUGUGUUUCUGAGCCAAGUCCUGGGUGUUCCCAACUACGCCGCCGUGCCUGAUAACCUGUAUCUGCUGCCAGAGUUGGACACUGCCGAGUCCCAAAGAACCCGAGCUUUCAUUGGCUGGCUGCGGGAUCAAAGACCCUUCUUUCCCACGCUGCACGUCAUCAGGGAAGAGAGCCCGCUCAAAGUCUCCUUUAUGCAGAACAUGAUCGAGGACCGGACCGAGUCAGCCCUGUCCUACUACGAGUUCGUGUUGCACCUCCAGAAGCAGAUCUCCAACUGAUGGGACAACGAUGAUCCUGGCGUGGAGCCGAGCCAACACUGAAGCGAGGAUGUGCAUGGGUGUGUGUGUGUGCGUGAAUGAAAAGGUUACCCCCCCCCCCACCACCACCAACAGCUCUCUGAGAGACCACCUCCUCCCCACCCGGGUGGCGAGGAUGGAGCCAUGGAUGGUGGUGUGGCUCCACCCGACGUGUCAAGUGUUGGCAAAGCAGAGACUAUACCGAGUCUAAAGUAUGCGAGUGUGUCUGUGUGUGUGUGUGUGUGUGUGUGUCUGUGUGUGUGUCUGUGUGUGUGUGUUUGUGACUGUUAUCCCCAGUAUUGAACAUCCCGGACCCAGGACACAACGCCGGGCUCUUUCAGCCUUUCUUCCACAGCAGAUGUUGAACAAAGAUUGUGUGAGAAGUGGUCUGUCCAUUGCAAUCUCAUUAAGCCCCCCCAACCACGCCACUCUCCCUCUCCCCACUCUACUUUUAGUAUCACGCCCCACCCACCCAAAU